AUGUCCCAGCCAGUAAUCCUCUGCCAGAGCACCACAUGUCCCAACGGCAACCCCCCUUCCAAGCUGGAAUGUCCGACCUGCAACAAGCUAGGCAUUCGCGGCUCCUACUUCUGCGGCCAGGAAUGCUUCAAGGCUGGAUGUGCGUUGCUGUGUUUCGUCGUUCAUGUUUUAUCGAUCCAUCGUGCCCCAGAUGGUUCGUACAACCCGUUUCCCAACUAUGAAUACACUGGUUCUAUGCGCCCUAUGUAUCCGCUCUCUCCAAAAAGAAAGGUCCCGGACCACAUCCCCCGACCAGAGUACGCUGAUGACGGAAGACCUAUGGCCGAAGCUAGGGCUGCCGGCCAACCUCCGAGAAUACUCUCCAAGGAGGAGCAAGAUAAGAUGAGAACAGUCUGCAGGCUGGCUCGUGAGGUACUGGAUAUCGCGGCUUCGCACGUCAAACCCGGUGUUACGACAGAUGAGCUAGACGAAAUCGUCCACAACGCCUGCAUCGAGCGCAACGCGUAUCCAUCACCUCUGAAUUACCGUAACUUUCCAAAGUCCGUCUGCACAUCCAUUAACGAGGUCAUCUGCCAUGGGAUUCCCGACAGACGGAAACUGAAGAACGGCGAUAUCAUAAAUAUUGAUGUCACCCUGUACUAUGAUGGCUAUCACGGAGAUCUGAAUGAAACAUACGCAGUAGGUGAAAUAGAUGACGACGCUAAGAAGCUCAUCCGCACCACUCGCGAAUGCUUAGAUGAAGCCAUCAAGCUCUGCAAACCAGGUGCUUUGUUCCGUGACUUGGGAAAAACUAUAGAACCCAUAGCGCGUUCCAAUGGUUGUGCGGUGGUACGAUCCUACACGGGUCACGGAAUCAAUGACCUUUUCCACUGUUCUCCAAAUAUACCGCACUAUGCCAAGAACAAAGCCGUCGGAACUAUGAAGGCAGGCAUGGUUUUUACAAUAGAACCCAUGAUCAACUUGGGCCACAACUGGGGUGAUGUUCAUUGGCCUGACAACUGGACGGCUACGACCGUGGAUGGGAAGAAGAGCGCACAGUUCGAGGAUACCCUCUUAAUCACUGAGACCGGUGUAGAAGUCCUGACGGCAGGAAAGAAACGGGAUCUAUAG